AUGGGGGCCCAUAUGGUGGUAGAUGGGAGGGUGAACUUUCCAGGGCUCAGUAUUGCCAGCCCCAAUCUGCUCAGCAGUGAGCCCUGUGCACUGGAAUGCACCAAGAUGAAGAAAGAGGAUCACUUCUGGACUGACCUCUCUGCUGAUGAGCUCAUUCAGAAGCACUGGAUCCACAGUCUGCCCCUGCCCCAGGACUCACUCACCAAGCACUCAGCCCUCUGUUUCCAGAAGAGGCAUUGCAGUGGCAGCAUGGGUGUCCGCCCAUCCCUCUCUGCCCACGACUCUGUGAAGUCCCUGCACCAGAACUUCUGGGCUACCCUGCUGUAUGGUAAGAAUGACAUUCUCUUUCAGCUAGUUCACGUUCAUCUUGGGCCCAGAUCUUCCAUUGGGGUCUGA